ACUUACUAUUACUGCUCAAACAGAGACUUUCAAACUCCAAACAAUUGUCGAUAUACACUGACUGACGAUGUCCAGAACGGCAAAGGGCUUCGCCCGUCUGAUUAAUCCGGGCGUGGUACUCAAUCCGGAACUAAUUCAAAAGAUAGCCGCCUUCGAGGCCAUGGUCGUUGAUCGUUCUGAUCUGGAUACCGAAUUGAGCCGUUUGCGGAAGCACCAGGAGGACACUGAGGACAAUUUGGCCGAAGCGCUGGCCGAGGAUGAAUUUCAGUGCAGUCUGAGGGGACAGCCCUUCACAGCUCCCACCGAGGAAGAGUUCCAGGCAAUCCUCAAGAAUCACCUUGGCGGCAUUAUCAACAAGUUGGCCAACAAAUAUGAACGCAUUGUUAACCUAGAUGCUGACAUAAGGAAGCUCAAGGGCACCAUCGAAAAGGCCAUCACAGCGGCAAAUGAGGAAUCGGCAGCCGCAGCCUCGAUGUGAAGCCAAGUUACCAAUUUACUUCUGUGUAUCUCACAAAUUUUGAUUUGAUUGUUACCUAAAACUUAGUUCGUAAAAUAAACCUAAAAUCUGCAGAGAUUGAAUUUCUCCUUCUUGGCCCGCCCAAAAUCUCUUCAUUAAUUUUGCUGCUCUUAAUUCAUUCAGUUGAAAUUAAAGCCGCAACAAUCUCAUUUCCGGUCAUUUUUUAUGCACUCUCGCACAGACAAUCCAACGAAGACCAGAAGACAUCGCAAAUUGAAUUGCGUAUACGCACUGUUGCCGCUGCAGUCGCGGACACAGCUUCCUCCAUGGCAGCCGAUAUGGUCUGCUGACUCUAUCGUUAAGUGCAUAAA